AUGUCACCUGGCCAAGAAUUCGAUAAGAGUGUCAUGUUGCUCACACAGACAACCCAGUCUAAUUAUGAAGAACUUUGCAAACUCGACGUUCUGGGAUUGCGUGACUCAGCAGACCAGGACCAGACAGUCAUUUUCGAAGAGUUCAAAGAACGAUUAACACGCUCACCAGAAGGCUGGUACGAGACAAUCCUGCCAUGGAAGCCCAAUCACCCAGACGUACCGUCAAACAAAGAAAACAGUCUUAGAAGACUACAAAAGCUAAACAGAAAGCUUGAGUGUGAUUGCCUAACAAAGGAUUAUGAUGACAUCAUCAAAGAACAGCUAGCAGAAGGAGUAAUCGAGAAAGCACCGCCCGUCUCACAACCUAAAGAGUUCUAUAUUCCACAUAAGAGUGUCAUCCGAAAGUCAGCCGAAACUACAAAGAUGAGAAUCGUUUACGAUGCAUCAUCGAGAGCCACGCCAAAUUCACCAUCAUUAAACGAUUGCCUGUACCCAGGACCUGUUCUACAAAACAAGCUGUGGGACAUACUUAUACAACAGAGGGGCUAUCCAGUGAUCCUCGCAGGUGAUAUCAGAAAAGCAUUUUUACAGAUCAGGAUCCAUGAAAGCGAACGGGACGCUCUUCGUUUCCUUUGGCGAGCUGACGCCCAUUCAGAGAUUGAAACCUAUCGCUUUACAAGAGUACUAUUUGGUCUCGCCCCAUCGCCGUUCCUCCUAGGUGGAGUCCUCGAAUACCACCUAAACAGCUGGGCCAAGAAAUACCCAGAGGAAGUAGAACGCCUGCGCAGAAGCUUCUACGUUGACGAUCUCUUGACUGACAGUGUCAAGUCAAGAUGGGAGAAGUGGAAAGAAUCCAUUCUGGCGAAAGUAAACACUCAAAGACCUUUGGCACUGUAUCACAAGCAAGUCGAUUUGUUUGAACUACACGCCUUUGGAGAUGCAUCUACCAUUGGAGUUGGGGCGGCGGUUUACUCGGUUAUACACCAGAAGAGUGGAGUCACACAGUCUCUCGUCACAGCCAAAGCAAGACUGGCUAAGAAAGAUCUGACCAUUCCUAGGUCAGAGCUCGUCAGCGCCCACACGGCAACAAAUUUGGUUAUGAACGUGAAAAAUGCCCUUACAGUGCUAACUGAGCCUGCUGUCUAUGGAUGGCUUGACACCGAUAUUGCAAGCAGAGGGGGUCUGGUCACUAACGCAGAGCUCUGGUGGAGUGGUCCAGUGUGGUUACGAGAUCCCGAGAGCUGGCCUGAAAACCCUGUUAGCAAAAAUUCACAAGCUUCAGAAAAGGAGGCUAAAGUCAUCAAAGAAGUGUUGAGCAUGGCAAAAAAUUGUCUCGAAGAAGAAGAGCAGAACGAAUUCGAUAGGCUUCUCAACUCUCAUGAUCUACGACGAGCACUACAUUCAAUUCAAGCCUGGAUACGGCGUUUCACCACUCACAGAGAUCGCAAAGGUCCCCUCACAAGCGAAGACCUGCGAGAACUAAGAGACUGGUGGAUUAGUAGAGUUCAGAACCUGGAUUUGAAGAAGCCUCAAUUUACACAGACGAAAAAUGCACUGAAUCUUAUCCCUAAUUCAGAAGGAAUACUUGAGUGCCGCGGAAGAAUCCAGGGGAUGUAUCCAGUAUCCCUUCCAGCAGACUCCACGUUUACCAGGAAGCUGGUUCAGAGAAUCCACGCAGAGAACCUUCACAGGGGAGUAUCGCUUACAAUGGCCGCCGUUCUAGAGAGUUACUGGAUUCCAAAACUCAGAAAGCUGGUAAAGUCUGUUAGAUCAACAUGCUGGGGCUGUAAAUGGUUUACAGCACCGCCUUUAACAACACCACCCCCUGGACCAAUGCCUAAUGACCAUACCCUUGGUGGAGCAGCAUUUGAAGUCAUAGGGACAGAUUUUGCAGUUCACCUAAAGCUGGUGCCAAGCCUAAAAACCGGUGCUUUCCUGCCAUGCCUCAAGCGGCUCAUCGCCAGGCGAGGACGUCCCAGAGUGAUCUACUCAGACAAUGGUAGCACCUUUGUGAAAGCAGCUAAGUGGCUGAAACAAGUGCGAGAAGACGAGAAGCUACAAGGCUACCUGGAAUCGCAUGAUAUCAAGUGGAAAUUCAACCUUAGUAAUGCCCCUUGGUGGGGCGGGCAGUUUGAACGGCUCAUUGGAGUAGUCAAGAAAGCUAUGCACAAGGUCAUCGGGAGAGGUUCUCUGUUCUGGAAUGAACUGAUCGACGUACUUCUUGAAGUGGAAACCCAAGUGAACCGACGCCUGCUCAAUUACGUUCAAGACGAUCCAGAUCUACCAAUCCUUACAGCAGCAACCUUCCUGUUUCAGUGGACCACGCACCUUCCUGAAGAGCAGACCUGGCGCAUCCCAGACAAGGACCUACGCAGACGAGCAUGA